GGACGCGGUUUUUUGCAAAAUAUAUUUUUAAAAAAAUCUUACAGCGAAAGGUGAGUGGUUUUUUAAAAGGAAUUUUAUUAAAUAGGGUAAAUGUCCUAAUUCAAAACCAUUUCCAGACACUUUAACUUUGACAGAAGAUUCAACACAUUAAGUUCCUUUUCUUCUGACGAAAAUUACAUAAAUUUUCUCCUUGACAGUUCUAGAAUGUUAGUGUUUAAUGAAAAUUCAUUAGAUAUAAUUUGAAAACUUCUUAAAUACAAGAAAAAUACGCGAGUGUAAAAUGCUUCUAUUGGAAACAAAUUAAUCCAAAUGGAGACAAGGGAAAGUUUCUAAUUGGAGAUAAACAGUGUAAGUGAAACCGCGAUGAAAGGCUUCCAAAACCUUGUUUAGUAGCUCCUGAGUGCAAGAUUUCUUCUUAUUCCUGGUCAUUUCUCCUUUUCCCAUCUAAAACAAUAAGAAAAUCUCUCCAAAAAAAUCAUAUUUCCGUGGUUCCCUAUUGAAGCCUUUGCAGACACUUCAGAAAAACACUUUUUCUUUACGAAAUAGGUAAUUAUUUCAUUUGAAAACUUCACGUAACGUUAACAAUAAAGAUUAGCACUUAAUUUAACCAAAAUUAUCCAGAAAUAUGAUAUAAAUGUUAAACGAAACGAAUAAAUAACAGUCACCUUAUAGUGUUUUUCAUUAGAAAACAUGGUCGAUCGAUAAAAAAUUCGAUGGUGAAAAGGUACACUUUUAAUUUUUCUGAGAAAUUAACAAAUUAAAAUUUGUGAAUAUGAAUGGAUUUUCGCUUUACUUGGAGCAAAAUUAACUAAAUAAUGAAACUGUGGUAUAGAAAAUAUAUAAAUAUAAUAAUUUAGUACUGUAUUUAUUAUGAAAACAAUGACGUUUCCAUUUGGAAUAGAGAAAAAUUUCCAUUUGGAGCAGGUUCUGAAUUAGCUUAAUUUACCCUAUACCUCAGAAGGCCUAUUUUUUGAGGAACCACAGAAGACCCAAGUCGAUAUCUCUAACCGUUUCAGUUGAGUUAAAGAUGAAGACCACAAGAAUAUUUUAUAAAAAGCAGUUUUUUUUAGGUAUUUUAAUCACUUUGAACAAAAUUCUAAAAAAAAAUUUAAAAGUUUCGAUUUUAGAAAAUGUAAAAAAAUGUAAUUUAAUCGUAGGACAAGUCCAUGGAAGUUCCUAUGUCUGCCACAAAUGGAGAGCAGACGCGUUAUUUAUUGGGAUUGUCACAUAACCUCAAUUGAGUGGAAGUGUUUUUUCUGUGAAAUAAUCAAAAUGCUCAAAAUCACUCGAAUUUGCGGCAUAGCGCCCCAAAUUCGUGUCAUAGGAAGCCCCAUGUGUACGCGGACAAAAGGAGGUAGAAUAUUGCAAAAAGAACGCGAAAAGGUGGAGAGGGACAAGAGGAAUCUUGAGUGGAGGGAGACUUUUGCCCAGAAGGGCGAAUGGUCCAGCAAAUUUGGCUUGUUCGCAUCAGAGAAUGAGAAUGCGGACUUUAUCACAAUGAUGCAGCAGCCCUGGGACACAUCAAUAGGUGGCGUGAAGCGUUGGUACGUCCGGAAGAAGGAACGAGUAAACAGAAUCCUCCAGUCGUAUAUCCCGGAGAGACAUGAAAUUUUGGGUUCGGAUCUCGCAGCAGCGCACUUUAUCGUCUAUCGAGGGGGUCGAAUUAAGUUUGUGGGGGACCCGAAGUGGGUGCAAAAGGAUGAGGAUACUGAUGAGUAUGAAUUGCCACGGUUGUACGAUGAGAGGUACAAAGUGGAAGCAAUUGACUGCUCCCGGAUGCUGCUGUAUUAUGAGGGAUUGGAGAAUUUAAGGUGCCUCUUCCACCUGAAACAGCUCAGCUUUCACGAUAUUCCCGUAUUUGACGAUUGGUGCCUGGACAGGGUGAGCGGAAGUGAAUUUCACAAUCUGCAGGAGUUGGAUUUGACCGGAACAAAAAUUACUUCGAGGGGUCUCUGUGCUCUCUAUCGUCUGCCUCGGCUGCAGAAGCUCAGUCUGACUCUGCCGGAGAAUGAAGUGGCAAUCGCUGAAAUGAAAUUAACAGGAGCUAUGCUUGAAGAAGCAAUUCCCGGACUCACAGUGAGUUACUUUUCAUCUCCAUCCAAAGAUUCUUCUCCAGAAACGUAGGUUUCAAUAUUUAUUGUGGAAUUAGCAGCAUAUAAAUUAUUUCGAGCAAUA